AUGGCUGUUGCUCCUCGCAAAUGCAUUGGCGUUGAUUGCGGGAAAGACGCAGGAACCCUACAAUGUCCAACCUGUCUCAAGAAGGGCACCGACAGCUUCUUCUGCUCGCAAGACUGUUUUAAGCGGAGCUGGAGCGAACACAAGGCCACCCAUAAGACUGGUAAUAUUCUCACCAAUCUCUUUCCUCCAAAGGUAGUUUCUGAACCUGAUCCAGCUACCGGCAACUUCAAUCCUUUCCCAUCUUUCAACUACGCCGGAUCUUUGCGCCCCGUAUACCCGUUGUCAGCAACCCGCACCGUCCCCAAGUCGAUCCCGUACCCGGAUUACGCCCGUGAUGGCAUUCCCCGCUCUGAGCAGAAACUGUUUGGUCAACACAGCAUCAAGAUUUUGAAUAAGGCGGAGCAAGAGGGCGUGCGCAAGGUUUGCCGCCUUGCUCGUGAGGUUCUGGAUAUUGCUGGAGCCGCGGCGAAGCCUGGUGUGACCACCGACUAUAUCGAUGAGUUGGUCCACAAGGCUUGUCUCGAGCGCGACUCUUAUCCCUCCCCACUCAACUACAUGCACUUCCCCAAAUCUGUCUGUACUUCUAUCAACGAGGCCAUUUGUCACGGUAUUCCCGACCAACGGCCCCUCGAGGAUGGCGAUAUCAUCAACAUUGAUGUGACAUUAUACCACAAUGGGUUCCACGGUGAUAUUAACGAGACCUACUAUGUGGGUGAGAAAGCUCUUGCAAACCCAGACGCUGUGCGAGUCGUCGAGACUUCGCGUGAAUGUCUGGAUCAGUCGAUUGCGCUCGUUAAGCCUGGCAUGCUUUUCCGUGAUCCCGGUACCGUGAUCGAAAAGCACGCCAAGUCCCGCAAAUGUAGUGUCGUAAAGAGCUACUGCGGUCACGGCAUCAACCAACUCUUCCACUGUGCCCCCAAUAUUCCUCACUAUGCCAAGAACAAGGCCGUGGGUACCGCUAAGCCCGGUAUGUGCUUUACCAUUGAGCCUAUGAUCAACAUUGGCACAUAUCGAGACCGUACAUGGCCAGAUGACUGGACCAGCACCACUGCGGAUGGAUCGCUUUCUGCUCAAUUUGAGCACACUCUUCUUGUCACUGAGGACGGAGUGGAGGUACUGACAGCUCGUCUGCCAGGAUCCCCCGGUGGUCCCGUUCCUAUGCCCAUCACAGAAGUGGCUGAGACUGAAAAGUAG